AUGGCGUUCUCACCGCUCCUCUGUGAUGCUAUGCCUCUGGCGACCGCAGCGGCCACGUCAGAGGAUCCGUCAUCACUCAAAGGACAGUCGAAACUCCAGUUUCAGAUAUACACCCCGAAGGACCUACCGCCGUUGUUGGCGUCCAAGCUGAGGUACUUUGAGACAGGCGCGCAACGCGAGAACAGCAAAGUCAAGUACGAAACGCAUCCAUCCCCGAAUGGCGAGUAUGUGCGUCACACCAUCUCGGUGCACGAUGCUGGCGCUGUGGAGUCCCUCAUGGACCAGGCGUCUGGCGCCGUGGCCUCGCAAGACAAGACCACGUCGCCGUCCUUUCUCAAGUCCGCCCUCCAAAAUUUCGGUCAAUCGACCUUCAACUUUGUGCUCGGCGGUUUUGCCGGUGCCACAGGCGCUGCGUUUGUGUAUCCUAUCGACUUAGUCAAGACCCGAAUGCAGAACCAGCGCUCGAACGCCGCAGGUGAAGUCAUGUACCGCAACAGUCUCGACUGUGCACGCAAGGUGCUGCGCAAUGAGGGCUUUCUUGGCUUCUACUCGGGUCUGCUUCCGCAGCUGCUGGGUGUGGCCCCUGAAAAAGCCAUCAAGCUCACGAUGAACGAUCUCGUGCGUUCCUUAACCAUGGACAAGGACGGUCAUGUGUCACUUGGCGCUGAGAUCCUCGCUGGUGGUGUGGCCGGUGGCUCCCAGGUCAUAUUUACCAACCCGCUCGAAAUUGUCAAGAUCCGCCUGCAGGUCCAGGGUGAAUCGCCGAAUCCCAGCAAGGUCAAAUCUGGCGCGAUACACAUCAUUCGCAGCCUCGGCCUCAUGGGUCUGUACCGUGGCGCGGGUGCCUGCUUGUUGCGCGACAUUCCAUUCAGCGCCAUCUACUUCCCAGCGUAUGCACAUCUGAAGCACGACUACUUCGGCGAGCGUCCCGACCACAAGCUCUCGUUCGGCGAGCUGAUGGCCGCAGCAUCCAUCGCAGGUGUACCAGCUGCGUUCCUGACGACGCCUGCCGAUGUAAUCAAGACACGCUUGCAGGUCGAGGCACGCAAGGGCCAGGCGACGUACUCGGGCAUUAGCGACUGCUUUGCCAAGAUUCUCGCCAACGAGUCGCCAACGGCGUUCUUCAAGGGCUCUCUGGCUCGUGUCCUGCGUUCGAGUCCGCAGUUUGGUGCAACGCUCGUGGCGUACGAGUACCUCAAGAAGUUUAUUCCGUCGCCAUUCGAAACCAAAGACCAAACGAUCAAGUCCAUUGUGAACCACGAAGACUUCCAACAGGCGCAAGAAGCCCUAUCGCUCUUUGCGGUCAUCCACCGCGCUGCUCGCUCGUCAUAG